GACAUCCAUUCCCCUCCUUUAGGCGGAAAGGGAAGGAUUGUCUUCCCAACUCUGAGUUUACUCCUUUUCCCCCCCGCCGACGGUCGUGCAUGACAAUGGCUGAGAUUCUGGAGUUCCGCGUCCCCCCGGGGAACGGCCGGACUCUUCUAGUCUUGGGGUUGGAGUCGGAGGAGUCGGAGCAUGCUCUCCAUUUUAUAUUCUCUACCUUUGGACUGCUCUACUCUGUAAAACUCUGCAGAAAUGCUUCAGUAGCUGGGCCUGGUUAUCAUGCCUUUAUUAGGUUCUACUCUGCCCGAGAUGCCAGCAAGGCACAACAGGCUUGCAAUGGGAGGUCAUUGUUUCAGAAAACUGCUCUGAAGGUUUGCAUUUGUACCAGACAGAGGGCCCUUGCAAAGCAAACAUUACCUUUGAACAGUUACAAAAGCCAAGAGUUAGCGAAUUACUACCUUGGUUUCAAUGGUUGGUCCAGUCGAAUCAUCACUCUGCAGAAUGUACCUGGCUCUGAAGAUGAUGAGAAAGAAGAAGGAGGAACUUUGCCCAGGGAUUCAAAAUACCUUUGUGUGCAAGAAUUAAGUAUCCCAAAUUAUGGGAUUUAUACCAGAGGGAUGGGUGUGGCUGAACUUCGUGUGAACCCCAGUCAAGGGUUUCUCACAGCCUCCCGCAAUGCUCAGAGGUUUGCAGUGCAGCAGGCACUUUCGGAUGCAUUUCGGAAAAUACUCUUCAUAGUCUUAGAAAAUGGGAAGUUGGCAGUAGAGUACAGCUGCCCUGAGAAGGACCCCAUUGACUGUUUAUCAGAAGAGGAACUCAGGGGUCACAUUCAGGUUACUGAAUUGUCAUUUUCACAGCUAAACCGUCUAGGAGAAGAGGAGAGCUUGUGCAAUUUCAACACGGAUGGAGAAUAGCAGAUUAUUGACACAGAUUCUGUCUUCUUCUUGCUGAUUUGGAAGGGCAUCCUGUUCUCUCCUAAGUACAUUAUGCAUUACCCUGGAACUGGGUUCUCCUUGUUUUUGGAGCAUUUGGGUGAUGAAGCUACCAAAUGCAAGCUACCAAUCAGAAGGCAGGGCUCUGACUAAUUGCCUAUUUAUAAUUAGUGAUGAUUGGAAAGGCAGUAGUAUUUUUUCUGGUUUUUAUAUUUUUCUAAUAAGUGGCUUACUGAUAGAAAAUAUGAUUUGACGAUAUAUUUUUUUAUAGGCAGCAAAAAAAUGGAUACUAGCUUUCUAUCAUAAAUGUCCAAUAGGGUGAUUAUUCUCUCCCACCCCCAAAUCAUUGGGAACUGAGGGAGUGGGCCAAUAAAAAUAGAACAAACAAUUGAAAAAGGAAGAAGCAAGAGACAUAUUUUCUCCCUUUACGGUUAAUUUUUAUUUUCCUCCUUUAUUUUACCUCGACUUUCUCUCUAGUAUAGCUCCCAUUCAUCCUCAUGCCAUCCCAGAAAUAAAAUAUCUGGGGGAUGCUAUGGUCAAUAUGCUUUUGUUUGUGUGUGUGAGAGAGGUUCCUGUAUAUAAUAAUAGUCAGUGGAUAGAGAGUGAGAUCACACAAUAUUAUAAAUGGGAGCAUACUAUUGUACAGGCAAGUAAUUUAAAUCGAUUAUUAAAUGAAAUAAUUAUUUUUGUGCUGCCUUGUCCAUUUCUUCAAAAUUGGGUUUUGGGAUGUAUGUAUGUAACAACACAGCCAUAGCAAAUCACUGUUGCAAGAUGAUGUGUUAAUUUAAUGACCACAAAGCUCCAGCAAUCAUUUACUGAUUUUCACUUUAAUGUUCUUUGGAAAAAACUUCCUAUGGAAAUCAGGCUGAUGUCCCUGAUUAAGAUCAAGUUGUUCUGGAAAGUAUUUUAAUUUAUUUGGGAUGGUUUUUUGUUGUUAUUGCUAUUUUUUCCAUAGUUGUCAUUUUUAAUAUUCUCAAGGUUGAUUUUAUAUUUUUCGAUUUUAUAUUUACCAUAGGUAUUGUAAAUUGUCCCACUGAUAGUACUCAUGUAAGCCUCCAAGAAUUGGGCUGCUUGCAAUGUGAUACAAAUGCAAUAAAUUAAUUAGGUUCAAAGAAAGAAAGCUGGCUGUUGUACGUGAAGUUUCU